GGCCCGAGAGGAGGAGGAGAGCGGCCUCGCAGCGAGGGAACCAGAGGCACCGCAGGGACACACUAUAGCCUCAGAGCUGGUGUGUCCAGAGCAUGACGAGAAGUUCAAGUUGUUCUGUGAGACAGACCAGAGGUUGGUGUGUGUGAUCUGCAGAGAUGGAGAAAAGCACCGGGGACACAAGUUCACACCUGUGAAAGAGGCAGCAAAGAUCUAUGGCAGCACAGUUCUUUUUAAACCUUAUAAUUGUGCUUAUACUGCUGUGUGAACCUCUUAAAUGAAUAUUCUGAGGGGAGCUCUGGGGUUCCUGGUGAAAGAGAACCGUGAAAUAGAAGGACUGAACCAACAGCAGGCCUCUGAGAUCAUCAAGACCAAGGAGAAGUCUAAAAGCCUGUCGGCUCACAUCUCUUCCUGCUUUGAGGAGCUGCACCAGUUCCUGAGGAGGAGGGAGGAGGAGUUGAAGGAGGAGCAGGAGAGGGAAGAGAAGACAACUGUGGCGGCCAUGUUGAAGAAUGAUUGUGUGAUAGAGAACAGGCUGAUGAUUGGGAGGGAGAUGGAAGUGACUCUGCAGUCUGCUCUGGAGAUACCUGAGUCUGACCACUUUCUAGAGUGGUGGAGUGAGAGAGGCCUUCCUGUUAUUGAGGGGAUGAAGAUGAAGGACACAGCCAAACCUAAUUACAGGUCAAGGGUUAGAGGUCUGUCUGUGACCCCUGACUCUCUCAAUCUCGGCCUCUACGAGACUCACCUGCCCUUCUGCAUGUGGAAGGAGAUGCUAAAGGUCGUCAAACCAGUUCCUGUGCGCCUCACCCUUAGCAGCAGUGAUGAUUCCUAUUUAAAGGUAUCAGAGGGUGGGGCCAGUGUCAGGCACGCAGACCGGAAGGGCGGCUUCGGCUUCAAGUACUACCGUGACUACGCCGCCACCACCACCGUCGUCUCCACAGAAACCGUCCAAACAGGGCAGCACUACUGGGAAGUGGAGGUGGGGGGGAAGCUGGACUGGGGGGUGGGGCUGAAGGUGAAGGAAGAUUCCGGCAAACAGUCAGUCCUGUCUCCAGAGAGGGAGAUAAUGUUGCACCUGAAGCCUGAGAAGGGCCUGGUGUUCAGCCAUGAUGGUGUGGAGACGCCCCUGAUGGCUGCUGGUGGUGACCCAGGUACUCAGGCUGAGGCCCAGGUCGGGCCUCGUAGGGUGGGGCUGUGCCUAGACUGUGACAGGGAGAGGGUGUCCUUCUAUGAUGCAGACAGCAUGGUUCUCCUCCACUCCUCAUGGUGCAGCUUCGUCUCCCCGUGUUCCUUAUGCCUCUGCCCCGGGCCGUACAUGGAGGGCCGCAACACUAACCCACUGACUGUCUGCUGGUACUGACCCAGCGGACAAACUGGUUGCAAUGACGUCAUUAUGAUAUAUUUUCUGACGUCAUGGUCAGGUUUUGUUCACGUCUUUUUAGUAACCAGAAAAGGAUGUAUAAAAUAGUACUUACUUUCCAUGAUGUCUUCAGGGGUAGACCAGUUGGUAGUUAUAUAGUAUAGUUAUGUGACAUGUUCUAAACCAAAAAAUAAAUAAAAAAGUUGUAA